AUGGAUGGUGGCGGCGGAGAAAAGAGUCUUCUUAACAAACACCUCCACCUGCUCCACCAUAACGGUGGAAAGAAACAACAAGCGCGAGAUGUGCCAAAAGGGUGUUUGGCUGUCAUGGUUGGGCAAGGAGAAGACCAGCAGAGAUUUGUAAUUCCCGUAAUUUACUUAAACCACCCACUGUUCAUGCAGUUGCUCAAAGAAGCAGAAGAAGAAUAUAGAUUUGAUCAAAAGGGCACAAUUACUCUUCCUUGCCAUGUCGAGAAAUUUCGAUCUGUUCAAGGUUUGAUUGACAAAGAGCACAAGUUCAGCAACCACCACCAUCAUUUGGGCUGCUUUAGGUUUUGA